CCGGCGUCAGACGUACUCACGCAAGUGCAAAUUCGGACAGUCAGUACCUAAGUUAAUCCGUAAAUAAACAUGCGAUAAUCUUAUCUGGUGCUUAUCUGCGGCAUGCGGCAGCCGGUGCGGUGGGGGGCGUUCCGUUACCCGCGACCAAGCCACAGCUGAUUUCACAUGUGUCUAACCGCGGAGCCGCGCGCCCGCUGUGCGUUUCUCUCGCGUGAAAAUGCCGGCAACUUAAUACUUCGAACAAUAAAGUUAUAAGUAAUUCCGAAAGUGAAUGUGCUAUUGAUACCUUUAUAUGGACCAUUGAUAGACCUUACAAGGAUACGGACGCAGUUGCCGCUGCUAUUUUGUUUUUAGCGGAUGGUGUCUCAAUGAGAUUGCUGAGCCAUGCGCAGCGACGUGGCUUACCGCGGGCUCUCGCAGCACGUGGAGCUAGACCGGGCCGCCGACCCUCGCGACCGGUUCACUCUGCAGGAGCUCAUCGGAGAGGGCACAUAUGGAGAGGUCUACUGUGCCAGGGAUAAGAAGUCUGGCAGACGCGUCGCAGUUAAGAUAUUAGAAAAUAUCACAGAAAACAUUGAAGAAAUAGAAGAAGAGUUCCUCGUGUUUCGUGACUUGUCUGGGCAUCGCAACAUCCCUGAAUUUUUCGGUCUGUUCUUAAAACGCGGCGCGUGUUCGGAUGACGACCAAAUAUGGUUCGUCAUGGAGCUCUGUACUGGUGGUUCGGUGACUGAUUUAUGCGCGGGAAUGCGGGCUCGCGGGAGCAAUCUCACCGAACCACAACUCGCGUACGUGUUGCGGGGAACCGUCCGGGCCUUGACACAUCUCCACGCACACCGAUGUAUGCACCGUGACGUCAAAGGGCAUAACAUUCUCCUCACCGAAGAUGCUGAAGUCAAACUGGUAGAUUUCGGAGUAUCGUCACACCUGGCUGCAACAGCCGCUAGAAGAAAUACAUCAGUCGGCACGCCCUACUGGAUGGCGCCAGAGGUCAUAGCGUGUGAACAACAACUGGACGAAUCUUACGACUGCCGCUGCGAUGUGUGGUCAGUAGGCAUAACGGCCAUAGAAUUGGCUGAAGGUGAACCUCCACUGUCAGGGCUACACCCUAUGAGGGCACUAUUUCAAAUACCUCGGAACCCACCGCCAUCUUUGUCACACCCUGAAAUGUUUUCACCGCAAUUAGUGGACUUUAUUGCGGACUGUUUAAUUAAAGACAUGAAUCAAAGACCAUUCGCGAGAGAACUUUUGGAACAUCCUCUACUACUCGCAGUCAGUAGCUUUGAGGAUAAGAUCCGUAAAGAGCUUCAAGCAGAGAUAAAACGACAGAGGGCCGAGGGGAGAGGCUCUCGCGCGCCUGAGGCUACGACUAAGAGAGGGAAACUCAAAUCGCAUCGAAAAGCACGACCUGAGAAAAUGUACACAGAUGACCUGGCGACAUUAGAAGUAUUGACCGAAGACGCCAUCGUAGAACAACUGCAGAAGAGAUACACACAGAACCAGAUAUACACUUAUAUAGGAGAUAUACUAGUCGCUGUGAACCCGUUCACCGACGUGGGAAUAUACACCACAAAGACUCAACAGAUAUACCAGGGUCGGUGCCGGUCGGACAACCCGCCGCAUAUCUACGCGGUGGCGGACGCGGCGCAUCAGGCUCUCAUGCAUCAGAAGCUGCAUCAGGCGAUUGUUAUAUCAGGGGAAAGCGGAGCAGGGAAGACAGAGUCUGCGAAUCUGUUGCUCAAGCAACUUGUGUUUUUGUCUAAGACUCAAAACCGCAACUUAGAAGAAAAGAUCUUACAAGUGAAUCCUAUCAUGGAAGCCUUCGGCAAUGCUCGUACUGGCAUCAACGCAAACAGUUCUCGUUUCGGCAAAUAUCUAGAUUUGUCUAUGAUGAGAGUUGGGCGAAUAUCUGGUGCUCGCAUAUCAGUGUAUCUACUGGAACAGUCUAGAGUUGUACACCAAGCAUUGGGCGAGAGUAAUUUCCACGUGUUCUACUACCUGUACGAUGGACUGGAGAGCGAGGGUCGCUGGAGGAAGUUCUACCUGGACGAGCACCUCAAGUCCCGGCACCGCUACCUGCAGCCGCUGUCCGUCGCGCACAGGGAACACAAUGUGCAUCGCUGGAGACAACUCAACCAGGCUUUUAAGGUUGUCGGUUUCCAAGAGGAAGAGGUUCUAGUACUGUACAAGAUGUUGGCAGCCAUCCUGCACCUCGGUGACAUAGAGUUCGGUGAAACCGCGGGCGAAGACAAUACGGACAACAAGGCGACGAUCAUCGACACCGCGCCGCUGCACAGAGCAUCAUGCCUGCUGGGCGUGGAGACGCAGGACCUGCGCGAGUGCCUGACGAGCAGCAGCGUGGUGGCGCGCGGCGAGACGAUCGCGCGGCGCAGCUCGCCGGGCGAGGCGGGCGUGGCGCGCGACGCCACCGCGCGCGGCCUCUACGCGCGCGCCUUCGACCGCAUCGUCGAGAGGAUCAACGCGCUGCUCUGCCAGAAUAGGCCGACUGUAAACGAACAACUCUCCAUCGGCAUACUCGACAUCUUCGGUUUCGAGAACUUCAACAACAACUCGUUCGAGCAGCUAUGCAUCAACAUCGCUAACGAACAAAUCCAGUACUACUUCAACCAACACAUAUUCACCUGGGAGCAGCAGGAAUACAUGGCUGAAGGAGUUCCAGUGGACCUGGUGGAGUUCUCUGAUAACCGACCAGUGUUGGACAUGUUGCUGUCGAGGCCGAUGGGGAUGCUGGCGUUGUUAGACGAGGAGAGUCGAUUCCCGAGGGCUACUGAUAGAAGUCUCAUUGAAAAGUUCCACAGUAACAUCAAAAGCAAAUACUACGUCCGUCCAAAGUCUGACGCUAUUUGCUUCGCCGUCCAUCACUUCGCGGGCCGCGUGGUCUACCAAGCUGACGGCUUCUUAGAGAAGAACCGCAACUUCCUCCCGCCCGAAGUAGUUCAGCUGAUGAGACAGAGUCAGUACGACAUCAUCAGGUUCCUGUUCCAGUGUCCUAUUACUAAGACUGGCAACUUGUAUUCGCCAUUACAAGGAGAUAUGGAUUCUAGGAGCCUAGAGAGUCCAACAUCUAGUGAAGUUAGGGAGCGCUUCAACAGUCGCGGCCUAGCAUCUCAAUCACGAGCUCAGCAGACGGUGUCAACAUACUUCAGGUACUCGCUGAUGGAGCUGCUGCAGAAGAUGGUGAGCGGCACCCCUCAGUUCGUGCGCUGCCUCAAGCCCAACGACUCGCGUUCCCCCAAACACUUCGACUCCGCGAAAAUAUUGAAACAACUUCGCUACACGGGAGUCUUGGAGACAAUUAGGAUAAGGCAAACUGGAUUUUCCCACCGACUUUCGUUUGAAGAGUUCUUGAAGAGGUACGGGUUCCUGGCAUUCAGUUAUGACGAGGAAGUGAAGCCGAACCGUGAUACUAGCAGGCUAUUGUUAUUAAGGCUAAAGAUGGAUGGUUGGGCCCUCGGCAAAUCCAAGGUGUUCCUUAAGUACUAUCACGUCGAAGUGUUGGCAAGAAUUUAUGAAGAACAGAUAAGGAAAGUAGUGUUAGUCCAAGCCUGCGUCCGCGGCUGGCUAGCUCGACGGCACUACCAGCGGCUGAAGGCGCAGAUGGCUAUCUCAGUGCUAACACUACAGAAGCACGUGCGCGGCUGGCUGACUCGCAAACGCCUGCAAGAGAGGCAGAGGCAGCUGGCCAGGGAGUUCCAACUCGAGCAGGACAGCAAGAGGAAACAACAUAAGUCCGGUGUCCCAAACAAGAAUAAAGCUUUGAUGAAGGCAAAGGUAUUGAGACGAAUGACGUCAGAUGACAGCGACACCAAUGAAACUAUGUCGGGAAAUAAAGAGAACAUUGAUACUAACAAAGCAGCAGUUGUUAUACAAAGUCACUUCCGCGGCUACACAGCACGUCGUAAGUGGGCAGCAGGUCGGGCACCGCCGCCGCCGACACACGCGGCGCCCGCGGCUCCGCAGCGCCUCAUGCAGCACUACUCCGUGCAGGAGCGAGCUGACCAGCUGCACGCCUUCGCUGACCAGGUCCACGACAAGAACCAAGAAGUACACAAGAACCUCCGGCGCAACAAGCCCGGGGUGCGGCUGGCGGAGGUGCAGCGCGCGGACGAGUACCGGCAGCCGCCCGGCUUCACGCUCGUGCCCGCCAUCCUGCGCGGACAGCCCACGCAGCUCGAGCGCGACGCCAGCAGGCUGUCCAGUCCUUCGCCCGAGUUCCUGGAGAGUCCCGCUAGGCCAUGGGACGAACCGUUGAUUUGUAAGAAAGAUAUUGAGAUCAAAAACCCAAGAUACCAGCCCACAAGCAACGGUCACAUGUACCAGGACGACAGACAUCUGCAGGCGAACAACUGGCAGAACCUGCCGUGCAGCCGGCAGUGCGGCGGACUAGUCAGCAAUAAAAUCAACGAGCUAGUAAGAAAAUCUCAAAAAUCGGAGCCUCCUCCGCGCCUUGCAUACAACCCCACCUACGACCCCGAGUCCGACUUGCGCAAGAUACUGCGGAACUCGCCCGAAAUACUUGCGACCCCAGUCUUCAGUUCCGAUGACGACUACACGGAGGGCCCCUUUAGGUUCAAACAGUUAUUGAGACCCACGCUAGGUCCCACUGAGAGCCUUCGCAAGCGGAAGGUCAGAAAUUCGUCGGGACAAAGCCCCUGGAUGUCGGACAGUUCACAAGACAGCACCAGCUCCAAGCAAGCCUUGUGCAAACGUCGUCCGCAGAUCAGUAUGGGCGUCUACUACAAUUGAUAAGCUAACUAGCGGGAACUUGGAAAGUUAGGAGCAAGCGAGUUCCACCUCUACCUCCUAGAGAUAAGGUGUUCUCAAUUUCCCAGUAGUUUGACUGCUACUGUCAGGAAAGUUUUGCAAAGCUUGUUGAAAACAUAUUGUAUUAGAUAGUUGGGCAUCACAGUUAAUGUCCAGAGUUUCUCUAACACUAAGAUGAAAGCGUGAAUAAAGUUCCUGCACGAUUUCAAGCUUUCCUCGACACGUUCCUCAGACUUCCUCCUUAGUUAUAAAGAUCGAAUAUUAAAACUCGAGGUGACUACACAGUUGCCGGCUAUUUUGAACAAUACUGAUUGUGCUUGCCUCACAGCCAUAAUUUAGUAAUAUUUAAGAGCACGUAAAAUUAAUGUAACCCAUAAACUUAAAUGAUUGGAAUUUUGUAACCGUUGCCGUCCUAAAUAUUAUUUUGCUAUUUAUACUGUUCAUAUUUCAUGUUGCAGUGUAUUGCAUGUAUAAUUUACAUAAUUUCAAACCGUGUAAAACUAUUCGUAUGAACUUCAAUUGUGUUCCUGUAGAAAUAUUAAACUUGCAAUGUGUUGUUUGUUAUAAAUUAUUUAUUAUUUAGUAACAUCUUGUAUAUUAAAUUACACCUACUUGGCUUAUUUUGUCUCAUCUUCUUAAAAGUCAGAAGCCAGCUUGUUUUAAAAAAGGAAUUAUUUACUAUUUGUGUUCUAAUUUAACUAAAACUGAGCAUUGUACUGUAAUGUAAGAAAUCUUCUUUUAAAUUAUCUAUUCUUCAAUCUUCACGCAAUUACCAAAGCCUUAAAGAUAUUUUUAGUCCAUAAGUUAUAAUUUUGCUAUAUCUUCAGUAAAUAUUUAAUUUCAGUAAAAAUGAAAGUUCGAAUAAUCUGAAUUGUUUUCUAAUAUUUAUCAGUAUUAAUACAUAUAUCUUAUUAUCUACUUAUUAAUAUCGAAAGUAGGAUCUCACCGGAAAAGUGAUUUUGUUUCAAAAUGACUUGUUAUUGCCAUCACAGUUACAGAGAGUAAAACUAUUGAUUGUUAUCAUAAGUACCUAUGUAUGUAAAAAUUAUAGAUAAAUCAUUGACAACCUUUGUGAUAAUGUGCCAAUGAUUAAUAAUAAGUUAAUUAGUGUUCUGUUCGGGUGGUCAACGAUAUGAAAAUAAAGUUUGUGCAUCAAUAAAA